AUGAGUCGGAAACAGAAGAACGUCAAGUGGGUCGUUGGUGCGGCUGUAGCAGCAGCAAUUGCUUCAGCCGUAUAUAAGAUCUAUAAAUCGAUUGAGAAUGAUAAUAGCCCUAAUAAAGAUAACAGUAAUAAUAGCAGUCACAAUGAUAUUAGCAGUCAUAAUGAAUCUGAUUCGACUGCUGUGUCAACUAGAUAUACUCUGAAGAAGAUAGCACUUACGUUAUCCCAUACGAUAUUGACUAGUGACUUACCAUUGAAUGAGAUUCUCCUACAUUCAGAGAACGUGACAUUCAUAUUACCUCCUAACUUACUGUUGGAUGAUCUUGCAUCCAGCAUUGACACAUCUGGAUCUGCGUCUGCGUCUACACUGCUGGUUGUGAUGGUGGAAGAGUCUCAGUCUCUUUCGGCCUACAGUGUACCCCGGACUUUAGUGGAGAACUACAAGCUAUUGAGAUGCAGUAACAUACAUGGCUACUUUAAUAUCUUGAAGAAUUUACAACCAGAUAUGUUGUUGAUAUGUUUGGAUGACUUGGGAAUCACCAAGGACAAGUUCCCUCAGGAUAUUGGACGGUUUAUAAAGGAGAUAAUCUCCCUUGAUCAAGAUAAAUUGGAUGUAAGUAAGAAGUUGUCUCCCAUAUUCUUUACUUAG